AUGCAUCUCGCAUGGCCACAAACUCCCAUUUUGUCCGAAGCAAUUAUCGGAUUGAGAGAGAGAGAAGAAUAUAAAAUUAUGAGAGUGAGACUCAGUAUUGUUAUGAAUAACAACAACAAUCGAAGAUGGGAAACGAGCCCACACCCACACCCACACCAGAGAAUGUCACUACACACCCGGCCCCGGCCGCCACUGAUUUGGAGAGUGGCGGACUGUCCGUGGAUGUGAUCAUGGAGAGGUGGAAGACCGAAGAUCUUCUCCAAAAAUGCUCGUUAGCCUCGCGUGUGUUCGGCUUCAUCUUCUCUUUCUUGACCCUCAUCAUCAUGGCCACCAACAUUCAUGGCGAUUGGCGAGAUUUUUACCAUUACGAAGAAUACAGGUAUGUACUGGUGGUGGCAAUUCUGUCGACCUCAUAUGCAUCUUUCCAAUCGUGGCGCCAAAUUCACAAACUUGCAACAAAUAAAAAUCUAUUCUCAUGGCCGAAUUCAGCUGCGAUUGAUUAUGGCUGCGAUCAGGUUUGUUCGGCUUAAUUUGAUUUUGUUUUAGUAUUUUAGAGAGCUUAAACUAGAGGAGGGUUAUUGCAGAUUGGUGCAUACUUGUUGAUAUCGGCAGCUUCUGCUGCAAUACCUUUGACUAACAGAAUGAGGCAAGGUUCAGACAAUGUUUUCACUGACGCCUCCGCGGCUGCAAUAAGCAUGGCC